AUGAAUAUAUUUGAUCAUCAUAUUAAAAAUGUAGAUAAAGGGAAUGUAGUUGCAAUAUUAGGUGCACAAUGGGGUGAUGAAGGAAAGGGUAAAAUAAUUGAUAUGUUAUCAGAAUAUUCUGAUAUUACUUGUAGAUUUAAUGGAGGUGCUAAUGCAGGACAUACGAUAUCUGUAAAUGAUAAGAAAUAUGCUUUACAUUUAUUACCAUGUGGUGUAUUAUAUGAUAAUAAUAUAAGUGUAUUAGGAAACGGAAUGGUAAUACAUGUAAAAUCAUUAAUGGAAGAAAUUGAAUCAGUUGGAGGAAAGUUAUUAGAUAGAUUAUAUUUAUCAAAUAAAGCCCACAUAUUAUUUGAUAUUCAUCAAAUUAUUGAUUCAAUACAAGAGACAAAAAAAUUAAAAGAAGGAAAACAAAUAGGUACAACAAAAAGAGGUAUUGGACCAUGUUAUUCUACAAAAGCUUCCAGAAUAGGUAUAAGAUUAGGAACUUUAAAAAAUUUUGAAAACUUUAAAAAUAUGUACAAUAAAUUAAUAGACCACUUAAUGGAAUUAUAUAAUAUAACAGAUUAUGACAAAGAAAAAGAACUCAAUUUAUUUUAUAAUUAUCACUUAACAUUAAAAGAUAGAAUAGUAGAUGUUAUUUCCUUUAUGAAUACAAAUUUAGAAAACAAUAAAAAAGUAUUAAUUGAAGGUGCUAAUGCAGCUAUGUUAGAUAUUGAUUUUGGAACAUAUCCAUAUGUAACUAGUAGCUGUACAACAGUUGGUGGUGUUUUUUCAGGACUUGGAAUUCAUCAUAAAAAAUUAAAUUUAGUUGUAGGUGUAGUUAAAAGUUAUUUAACUAGAGUUGGUUGUGGCCCUUUCUUAACUGAAUUAAAUAAUGACAUUGGUCAAUAUUUAAGAGAAAAAGGUCAUGAAUAUGGAACAACUACCAAGAGACCAAGAAGAUGUGGAUGGCUAGACAUACCAAUGUUAUUAUAUGUUAAAUGUAUUAAUAGUAUUGAUAUGAUAAACUUAACAAAAUUGGAUGUUUUAUCUGGAUUAGAGGAAAUAUUAUUAUGCGUCAAUUUUAAAAAUAAAAAAACAGGAGAAUUGCUUGAAAAGGGUUGCUACCCUGUUGAAGAAGAAAUAUCAGAAGAAUAUGAACCAGUUUAUGAAAAAUUCAAUGGAUGGAAAGAAGACAUAUCUACUUGUAAUGAAUUUGAUGAAUUACCAGAAAAUGCAAAGAAAUAUAUUUUAGCUAUAGAAAAAUAUGUACAGACUCCAGUAGUUUGGAUUGGUGUAGGUCCUAAUAGAAAAAAUAUGAUUAUUAAAAAGAAUUUUAACUUUAACUAA